UCAGAGAUGACCUGAAAAUCGCUACAGAGCAUACAGAGGUAACAGCCAUGGAGUCUCUUCCUACAGUUCACCACCGUCAUCAUCCUUCUCAACAACUUCUUUCCUUCAGCCACCGCCUUCCGUCGUUCCCUAAACCCAUAUCUUCUCUCUCCUUCGCUCAUACGCCGCCGACUCGUCUCCGUUCGUCUUUCAGGUCGUUGUCUGUUAAAGCCUCAUCCUCUCAAUCGACCUCUGACGAACCCUCUCGGAACUCUAAAUCUUCCAUUUCCGAGACCACGAAUAGCGGCCUGUUGUCAGGGUUUCUUAAAACUGCUUGCAUCUCUGUUGCCGCUGCUGCAGCAUUCUACUUCCUUCGCUUCGACCAUCGACGUGUUGUUGCUGUUGCUGUCCCGGUGGCGCCGGAGACGAUGGAGUCUACUGAUGAAUCGACGGCGCAUGAGGAAAAUGAGAGCGUUGUAGAAGAGAAACCAACAGAUGAUUCGAGUGGUGCUGAAACCCUUCGAUCCCUCGUUGAGGAGAAUGUAAAAUCAGGUAAACUUCCUGAAGCAAUUGAAACCCUAAGCCGUUUAAUCGAACUUGAGCCCAAUGACCGUGAGUUGCCUUUGCUAAGAGCCAAUGUCCGUAGCUAUGCGGGGCAGCUCGAAUUGGCUAGAAAUGAAUUUGAAGAGAUUUUAAGGGAAGACCCAUUUCGUGUUGAGGCCUACCAUGGCCUUGUGAUGGUAUCAGAGCAAUUGAACGAUAAUUCAUUGAAGGACGUUACUAAAAGGAUCGAAGAGGCAAUGGAGAAAUGCAAGAAGCAAAAUGACAAGUCAAUUAUCCGGGAUUUCAAGCUCUUGCUUGCGCAAAUUAAGGUAAUGAAGGGGAGCUAUUUUGAUGCAUUGAAAGCUUAUGAUGAACUUGUGAGGGAGGAACCAAAGGAUUUUAGGCCAUAUCUCUGUCAGGGGAUCAUAUAUACUCUUUUAAGGAAGAAUAAGGAGGCUGAGAAACAGUUUGAGAAAUUUAGGAGGCUUGUUCCAAAGAACCAUCCUUACAAAGAGUACUUUGAUGAAAACAUGUUUGCAACAAAGCUUUUUGCUCAGAAAUUAGAGAAGGAGAAAGCUGGUUUGAAGAGCUGAGACGAGUGCUUAUCUGCUGCUUCUGUAUGAGUAAUCUCUUCACUCUUCACUUCUGUUCUAAAUGGAUUCAUUUUUGUUAGUUUUUAGUGGUUUGGUAUUCAUUAGGGUGGUGUUAGAUAUCUAAAUUUUGUCUGAAGUUGUAUGAUUGUCUGAAUCUUUCAAUCGAGUCUCAUUUGGAGAAAUACUGAUUAUACUUAUGUUUGGCAUUCCUGAAAAUCUAUGAGAAACUGAGUUUCUUUCACUUA